GGAUUGGCAUCAGUCACCUUUGGUAACUACCGACAGUCCACUCAGUUCUCAUUCGCCUUUAGCUCAAGCUUCACUCACCAAUCAAGAUGAAAUCUUUCGUGUGCAUUGCUCUGGUCGCCUUCGCCGCCGCCGCUCUUGCAUCGCCCACCAACGUGGCAUCUGUCACCGGCACGACUGGAUCAACCGUGUCCCUAACCUCGCAGGACGGCGAGCUGGAGGGAGUCUCCGCACAGGGAUUCGGUGACCUGACCCGUCUCCGAAAGUCAGCUUAUGGUGGAAGCUCCGGCGGCUAUGGAGGCUCUAGCAUCCCAGCUCCUCCUUGCCCCAAGAACUACCUCUUCAGCUGCCAGCCCAACCUCGCCCCGGUUCCAUGCAGUGCUCCCGCCGCCAGCUACGGAUCUGCCGGCGCCUACUCCUCUCCGGUGGCCACCUUCGUUGCCCCCAACUACGGUGUACCUCAGCACCAGCAGCAGCUCUACAGCGCCGCUUAUGUACCUCAGACCUACGGUCUUCGAGCUACUAAGCGACCGCUCCUUACUCCAAUGAUCCCGUCCACGGACCACGAAAUCGAUUGAUAAGAAACACAAAAAUUGACGGAUUUAAAAAUUUAUACCCAAAAAUAUGCAUUGCAAUUAAAUCACAAAAACGCUAA